GAAGAGUGGGCAUUGAUGGAUCCUUCACAAAGGAAUCUCUACAAAGGUGUGAUGCUGGAGACCUGUAUGAACCUCACAGCUAUAGGCUACAACUGGGAAAAUAUUGAAGUUGAAGAACAUUGUCAAAGUUCUCAAAAACAUGGAAGGCAUGAAAAAACACAUACCGGAGAGAAACCCUAUGAAUAUAAUCAUUAUGGUAAAGCCUUUGUGCACCCCACUCAUCUUCAAGUACAUAAAAGAACACAUACUGGAGAGAAACCCUAUGAAUGUAAUCAAUGUGGUAAAGCCUUUACACAGCCAUAUAAUCUUCAAGUACACAAAAGAACACAUAAAGGAGAGAAACCCUAUAAAUGUAAUCAGUGUGGUAAAGCCUUUGUUCAACACAGUGCUCUUUAUUUGCAUGCAAGAACACAUACUGGAGAGAAACCCUAUGAAUGUAAACAGUGUGGUAAAGCCUUUGCUCAUAACAGUUCUCUGCAAAGGCAUGAAAGAACACAUACUGGAGAGAAACCCUAUGAAUGUAAUCAAUGUGGUAAAGCCUUUACACAGCCAUAUAAUCUUCAAGUACACAAAAGAACACAUAAAGGAGAGAAACCCUAUAAAUGUAAUCAGUGUGGUAAAGCCUUUGUUCAACACAGUGCUCUUUAUUUGCAUGCAAGAACACAUACUGGAGAGAAACCCUAUGAAUGUAAACAGUGUGGUAAAGCCUUUGCUCAUAACAGUUCUCUGCAAAGGCAUGAAAGAACACAUACUGGAGAGAAACCCUAUGAAUGUAAUCAGUGUGGUAAAGCCUUUGCUCAACACAGUGCUCUUCAAAGUCAUGAAAGAACACAUACUGGAGAGAAACCCUAUGAAUGUAAUCAAUGUGGUAAAGCCUUUACACAGCCAUGUAAUCUUCAAGUACACAAAAGAACACAUACAGGAGAGAAACCCUAUAAAUGUUAUCAAUGUGGUAAAGCCUUUGCUCAACAUAGUGCACUUCAAUUGCAUCAAACAACACAUACUGGAGAGAAACCGUAUAAAUGUAAUCAGUGUGGUAAAGCCUUUGCUCAACACAGUGAUCUUCAAAGGCAUGAAAGAACACAUACUGGAGAUAAACCCUAUGAAUGUAAUCAGUGUGGUAAAGCCUUUGCUCAACACAAUGAUCUUCAAAGGCAUGAAAGAACACAUACUGGAGAGAAACCCUAUGAAUGCAAUCAAUGUGGUAAAGCCUUUACACAGUCAUAUAAUCUUCAAGUACACAAAAGAACACAUACAGGAGAGAAACCCUAUAAAUGUAAUCAAUGCGGUAAAGCCUUUACACAGCCAUGUAAUCUUCAAGUACACAAAAGAACACAUACAGGAGAGAAACCCUAUAAAUGUUAUCAAUGUGGUAAAGCCUUUGCUCAACAUAGUGCUCUUCAAUUGCAUCAAACAACACAUACUGGAGAGAAACCGUAUAAAUGUAAUCAGUGUGGUAAAACCUUUGCUCAACACAAUGAUCUUCAAAGGCAUGAAAGAACACAUACUGGAGAUAAACCCCAUGAAUGUAAUCAGUGUGGUAAAGCCUUUGUUCAACACAGUGAUCUUCAAAGGCAUGAAAGAACACAUACUGGAGAGAAACCCUAUGAAUGCAAUCAAUGUGGUAAAGCCUUUACACAGUCAUAUCAUCUUCAAGUACACAAAAGAAGACAUACAGGAGAGAAACCCUAUAAAUGUAAUCAGUGUGGUAAAGCCUUUGCUUGUCACUCUUAUCUUCAAAGGCAUGAAAGAAUACAUACUGGAGAGAAACACUAUGAAUGUAAACAAUGCGGUAAAACCUUUGCACAGCCUAGUUAUCUUCAAGUACAUAAAAGAACACAUACUAGAGUGUAA